AUGAAAUCCGAGAUAGUAUAGUGGUUAGUAUUCCUGCCUGUCACGCAGGAGACCCGGGUUCAAUUCCCGGUCUCGGAGCUUUUUUUUUAAUUAGAAAUAAAAAUAAUUAACAAAUAAAAAAUAUCUUUUUAAUUUAUAAAGAAUGAAUAUCUAAAAAAAAUCACAAAUUAAAACGAAAAACAGCAAUCAAUUAAUUAAUUACUUGCUAAUUUUUUAAUUUUUAAUUAGAUAUAAAAGUAUGUUUUUAGUAUGAAGUAAAAAUUAUUUAGUUUUAUAGUUUUAAGUUUAGCAGUUUUAUAAUUUAAAAUAUCAUUGUCAUAAGAGUAGUAGCAAAGUGGGUCUUUUGAAAUCAAAGAUUGGCUGAGUUUGUAUAAUAAAUUAUAAGAUGACUAUUUUUAAAGCAAAGAUAGAAUUUAGCAUAGGCACUUUCUUCCCCGCACUUAUUUCUACAUUCCUACCUCAAUGAGGAAUAUUAACAUAAGUGGGUAUCAUGAGCCGGUCUUCAAUUAAGAUUUUUUCAACAACAGCAGGCUUGAUUAUAAUGGAAUUUAUAUUUAAAAGUCAAUAUAAUUUGGAAAUAUAUAAUAUAUUAAGAUCAACAAAAACGAGGAGAGUAUCAAUAGAUUAAUUAAGCAUAGCGAAGAAAAGAAUUAAGUCAUCAUGAUUCAAAAAUAUGUUGAUGAAGAAAUCAAUUUGGGGGAAAGCGAUUAAAAGUAUUUUGUAAGUUGUAAAUAUGCAAAUGGCUAAUUAUUCACUGAUAUAAAUGUGAAAGAAAUUUAAGAGUUUAAGCUUGUGAAAGAGUAUGAUUAAGGAUUUAAGCUAAUAGAAAGAAUAAUUGCAAUUUAGAAAUAUAUAAGCAAGAUUAUGAUUUUAGAAGAGUAGAAAUCAACUGGAAAAAAUAAAAACGUUAUUUUGACUUUGUAAAUUGGCUUUGUAGAAUAUAAAAAACAAAUAAAACCCUUUUUGAAAAACAUUCUUCCAAUAAUGGAAUACACAAAAACGCAAUACGAUAAAGAUUUUGACUAAGAAAAGCUGCAUUUAAUUAAUAUGAAUACAAUUUAUUGUGCAAAAGAUAGAGAUUUCAAGCUAUUUAAGUAUGACUACGAUUACAGAGUGAAAAGAAUCCACAUUUGGUGCAAUAGGGAAUUUGUAUUUCAUCAUACAUAUUAUGCAUUACAUACAGAUAAAUAUGAAGUUCUACCUCCUCACUGUAGAAAUCUAACAUAGAGUAAACAAUAAAAGGAUUUAUCGUUAAAAUAGAGUGACAUAGUUUUUAGAAGAUAUAUAAAUAGAGAAGUUUACUUUAAGAAAAAUGUUACUUAGAUUUCUUAUUUGCCUAAUUCGUGGGUUAUUGAUUUAAAAAAUACAUUUGCAUUUCUCAUUAAAAAUUUCGAUGAUAGCAAUAUUAUAAAAAAUUACAAAGGUUUGAAAUAAAUUCCAGAAACUUUUGAAAUAAAUCUUUCAGCCUCUUAUGUAAAUGAAGAAGAGUCUUAGUUCUUUUAUAAUAGGACAGAUUAUAUGUGGAUUUCAAAGCCUAUAGAUAUGAUUGGAGGGAAAGGAAUAUAAAUAUAUAAUGAUAGUGAAAAAAUAAUAAAUCAGAUUUUGCACUUAAAGUCAAUCAGUCAUUUUAGAAAUAGGUUUGAGAGAAAUGGAUUACUGAUGUUUUGGAAGACACACUGGAUUAAACUCUUGGAAAACAAAGUUGUAAAAUAAAAUCACCUUCUUUAUGAUCAAUUCAAAGCAAUAUUAGAUAUUAUCAAAUAAAAAAAUUACAAUGAAGAAGUUGAUUAAUACAUUGAUUCUUUGAAAACAAAUAGGACAUUGAUAACAUCAAAUAAAAAUAAAAAAAAUAGAAAAAUUAAAGAAGAAAAAAUGAUAAUUUAACAAUACAUCUAAAACCCUCUCCUUUUACAUAAAAGAAAAUUUGAUUUGAGAAGUUAUGUAAUAAUAGCAAGCGCAGAUCCAUAUAUUGUCUUUUUUAGGCAUGGCUAUGUGAGGUUAACCUACAAUUAAUAUGAUAAAAAUGAUUAAGACUUGAUGACUCAUUUAGUCAACACCCAUAUCUAGAAGAAGCACCCAUUGUAUUAAAUUGAUAAAGAUGACUCCCAUUGGAGCAUGGAGAAAUUUGAAAAAGUAAUGAGGGAAGAACAUAAAGUCAGAUUAACUUCUAUUUAGGAGAAGAUUUACAAAAAGAUGAAGGAAAUGCUCACUUACAUUUUCUUAGGCUCAAAGGAAUUAAUAGGAAGAAAGGAGGGUCUUUUCUAAAUAUUUGGAACAGAUUACAUGUUUGAUGAUGAGAUGAACCCAUACUUAAUAGAAAUAAAUGAUUUUCCUUGGCUUUAAGGUGGAACCUCAACCCACGAAGUAGUUUGUAGUGAAACAGUAUUUGAUUUUAUAGAACUAUCUCACUAUGCUAACUCAUAAAUAGUAAAAGGAGAAGAUAUUGAUGUAAAAACUCUUGUAUCGAAAUGUCCUAAAUGCGAAAUGCUAAUAAAUGAACUUGAGGAUUUUCAUAUUCUCUAAGAUUACAUCUGA